AUGCAUGUCCAGCUGUCAGCAUAUGACCAUCUUACACAUCCACACAGACUUCGAUAUCCAGCUGGCUCACCUCGCUCAAUGUCUACUGAGUCGAUCAGCUCCCCCCACAGCACCAAAUUAACACUCAUAUCCCAGCACCCAACACGUUACCGCCGCCACGUAACAGCAGUUCCUCCAACCACUACCCCCAGUUCCCACUCAGUUCACAGCUCUCAAUGCUCGCUCUUUCUUAUCAUAGCAGCCCCGCUAUGGUUAUCUCUCCGAUGCCCCCCUGCUCCCAACAACCGCCUACAUAGACUCUGCCCAUGUAAAAGAACCAAUAUGAGUUCUGCUUCCCAACACCCGAUACAUUGCCACCGUGCUUCCACGGUGACUGAAUACAGCUAUCCCUCAAGAACCCCCCUAGAUCCCAUUGCCACCGCCUUACGACAGCGGCUAAGAUACAGAUACCCCUCCAUCCUUACGAGGGCAGCGAGCAAGCACAGUUUUGGUUCUUUUUUAAAAGAACAGACGAUAUCAGUCCGUUUGACAUCCGCGACUUGA